GGCUAUUAAAUCUACUUUAGUUCUACUUGUUCAAUUAGCUCACAAUAUUAAAAUUAUGGUCAAUACUGAGCAGGAGAUUUGUGACGAGGCUUUUGAAAGUCAAGACUUUACAUGGAGAGUAAAUGGAAACGCAUUCGAAUGUCUUGCUAAAUGCAAUUUAAUGUACCAACUGUCUUCCGGCGAUUUCUCUGUUAGGAAACCAAAAUACUUUGAGCGAGUUUUCACUCCAAUACGUCCUACAGUUAAUUGUUUGAAAGAGACUCAAGACAUUAACUCGAUCUGCAAAGUUAAAACAAAAGGUUUAGAAUUGAAACAAUACAUGGAUUUGCCACUUGUAUAUUUCCCACUAAACGUAAAACUAAAAAAAUUUGAGGCGGAGAAAUUUUGUCAGCGGCGGGGAUUAAGGUUUGGAAUUGAAGAGUCUAUAUCGGAAAUUGUAACUUUUGGCAUUACUGAUAUUAAAAUAUGGACUAGUGAUAUUGGUUUCAAAUUUGACGUACUCAAUAAAUCAAAGGCUUUAGGAAUCGAUUGCAAAAUUUUGCACAAGCAAGGAAGUUCAAUAACAAUUAAACCUGAAAAUUGCGGAAACGUUAACAACUUUGUUUGCGUCGUACCUGAUGGAUGUCAUGCAAACCGUUGUAGCUCAAAAUGCCCAACAGUUCAGUGUGGAACAGAAAUAAAGAGAAUUGAAAAAUGUGAAUCAAAUUGUCCAAGUCCAGAAUGUGGCGAAGAAGCAGCAACAAAAUUUGAAUACAAGCCAGGAGAUGGAGAUUUUAUAGAAAUGUGCGGGAGGCAAUAUCUGAUUUCAAAACUCGCGACACAUUCUUUGAAAAGCGCAAGUGUGUUUUGCUGCACAAAGCACAUGAGCUUGGCCAGCGUGUCCACCGACCUUGAUUCAAAGUGCUUGGCUCGCGAGUUAAUAAAGCGAAAUUACACUGAUAACUCAUUCUGGACCGGCGGGAGACUUGGUUCGUGUCCUGACACAUAUUUUUGGUGUCCUCUUGAUCCAGUAGACGGGACAACAGAAGUGGUUGACAAAGACGCUCUUCAAUGGUUUCCCCCGAGCAGCAAUCCAAACAAACCUGCCAUUACAAUUACAGUCGUUAAUAAAUCUGAGACGUUGCAGUUUGCUUUAGAAAAUAAGGACAUGUCAAGAAAGGCCCUUUGCGUGCGAGAUAUCCCAUCAAAAUGCCAAAAUUCCUUUUGCCAUCCUGUUGCAGCUUCUGAAGAGGUUUCACAAGCUAAAAAGUUCAAAAGCACUGGCUUUUAUAGAUUCAGCUGCGUUUACGGAUAUGCAUGUAAAAAAAUUUACGACAUUAAUCCAGGGCAAAAAUACAUUUAUUAUCAAACGGUUAAAUGGAGCAUGACUAAUGUUGAUUACAAAAUGAGAAUGAUCACCAUUGAGACUAAAGAAAAACUUGAAUGUUUGCUGGAUGCACUAAGGACAUCAGGCGUAAAGAGCAACACAUUUUUCGUGGCCGCAAAUUCAUUCGGCUGUCCAAAGUCCAUCAGGUGGUGCAACGGAGUAAAUAAUCCAUUGAUGGACGAUUCGUUCAUUCCGUGGGAUGUCGGUGAGCCGUCCAUGGACCUAAACAAGGAUUGUGUCUACGCUAAAUACAACGCUGGCAAAAAUGAGUUAACGUUUGGGAAAACCUCCUGUAUUAAUUCGACAUUAAGUUACAUAUCUGAAACUGAUCCAAUUUAUGAAAGCAAAACAUUGAUGGCAAAUAACUCUUUAAAGCCCUAGUUAUGUUGAACUUCAACAAUUCUCUGAAAACAGCAAUGUAAAAUGAAAAAAUGAAAUAUAGUGAAUGAUUUAUAUAUAAAUUGACAUUGCUAAAAAAAAAUUUUACUAGCAUCAUGCUUAUACAUCUAGAAAUAAUUACUUUUGAAUUUUGAGGUAGUUUAGU